AUGGAGCAACCUUCGUCAAACCAGAAGGCAAGCAAGAGCCCAAUGGGCACCUCCUCCUCCUCCUCCUCCACCACCACCACCACCACCACUACCAAGGCCUCAGAAGCCACCAAGACGUCCUCCGACUCAUCUGAGUCGAAAAAUUCGGGAGAAGAAACUCCCAAACUGGCCGAGAUGCCAGAGCCCAAGUACAAGGGCGAACCCUUUUCGGCCUGGAAGGCCUACAUGGGUGACGACGAGUCACCCGACCACGAGUUGAUCGCGUGGAAGAAGAAGGCGCUGGAGUAG